UCCCGGCCAUCCCGGCCCUCCGGUCCGUCCCGCCGCCGCAAUGGGCCUCACCGUGUCUGCCAUCUUCUCCCGCAUCUUCGGCAAGAAACAGAUGCGGAUCCUGAUGGUGGGGUUGGACGCUGCUGGCAAAACCACCAUCCUGUACAAGCUGAAGCUGGGAGAGAUCGUCACCACCAUCCCCACCAUUGGGUUCAACGUGGAGACGGUGGAGUACAAGAACAUCUGCUUCACGGUGUGGGAUGUAGGAGGCCAGGACAAGAUCCGGCCCCUCUGGAGGCACUACUUCCAGAACACACAGGGUCUCAUCUUUGUGGUGGACAGCAACGACCGGGAAAGGGUGCAGGAGUCUGCGGAGGAGCUGCAGAAGAUGCACUGAACAACAUCAGCCCCGAGCCGAGGAGGAUUCCGGGAGGCGAGGACAUGCCCAACGCCAUG